AUGCUAAGCGAUGUCGUUGUAAUCGAGGAUGGAUCCCUCGCUGAUGACCCACUUCUAUUCCCAUCGGAUUCAUUCUAUCAUUGCAAUCUCUCCACUCUUCCAUCACAUCACGCAGCUGGGGAUCAGACUCGGCUUUUGAUCUUGCCUAGUCCAAAGAAAAUCCUCCAGGUUCAGGACGCAAUCUCGAUCAUUUGGUGGUGCAACGUUGUCGGUGUGCCGUUGAUUGCGAUUUGUGGAUUGGCAGCGAAUCUUCUCAAUAUCGCCAUUCUCACCGGAAACCGCGCAGCCCGGAGGAUACCGUCAUGGCAACUCCUCCUUGCACUCGCCAUCUCCGACUGUUUCUUUUUAAUCUUUGCCACACUGGAAGUAACCCCAUCGUCAAUCCCAUCGUUAGCCUUGAAUCCUUUGUUCAAUCUAAUCUAUGCCCAUUCGGCUCUCUACAUUCGCACACUCGCCUCUACUUUUUAUAAAAGCUCCGUCUUAAUCGUUGUUGCAUUUAACGUCGAGCGAUACAUUUGUGUGGUUGAUCCACUGCGAUCGCAUCGAAUCUGUACGGGGAGUGCAUCAAGGGCAGCUGUUGCUACAUGCGUAUUGAUCUCCCUCCUCUGCUCUCUUCAAUGGCCAAUCUGUUACCGUGUGAUUCGGUGUCUCGAUCAUUCAAAUACUCAUUUCUAUGUGAUUUUUCUAUCGGAUAAUCCUAAACUCCAGCUCUACUAUCGUAUCCUCGACUAUGUCUCCCUGAUCGCCUUCAAUAUUUUACCAAUUUGCGCGGUUUUAGCCAUGAAUGCAAGGCUUAUCAUCACGUUGUCGAAAGUGGCAGAUGAAGAUGCGAAACGACGAAGUCGACAAUGCGGAGCUGCCACUUCGCUUGUACAAGAGCCAAUCGAGGGAAAUUCGGCAGCACGCAUCAACGCGAAUGCAAUGCUUUUCGCUGUUGUUAUUUGUCUUUUGAUUUGCGUUGGACCACAGGCUCCAGCUCGUCUCCUCUUUGGUUUAUACGGUCAAUACCAUUCGACAGCUAUUGUUUACACAUGUGCCACACAAUUGUUAGUUUUUCUCAACGCUUCUCUCAAUUUUUGUCUUUAUUGUGUUGUCUCGAAAAGAUAUCGAUCAUUGAUGAAAUCGACGAUUAAAGGAUUAGCACAAGGAGUUACCGAGCGUCGUUUUGGUGGGACGAGUGCUCGAAGUAAAAGCUCAUCUCCUCAUGCAACACUUUUAGAAGAGAAUCCCUCAAGAAAUCCAUUCCAAUUA